GCGGCGCGACUGAGGUACAGGUGCCUCCCGGCCAGCCGCUGCCUCGGGCCUUCACGGCCUUCUCCCGCCUCACGCUCGGCCUCCCCACCGCCCCGCAAAUGCAGGCCGUCACCCUCCCCGAGGAGAUACGUUGGCUCCUGGAAGAUACUGCAGAGUUCCUGGCAGAAGGUUUACGUAAUGAGAACCUCAGUGCUGGUGCAAAGGACCACAGAGACCACAUUCUACGGGGCUUCCAGCAAAUCAAAGCUAGGUACUACUGGGAUUUUCAACCCCAAGGGGGAGACCAGACUGAAAAUUACCCUGGACAGGACAGUUCCGAUGAUAAUCACAGUGGGACCCAUGGCACGUUCCUUGCAUCAGAGGUACCAUUUCUGCCAGAUUAUCAGGAUGAGGGAAUGGAAGACAUCACAAAAGGAGCUCAAGAACUUGACAACAUCAUCAAGCAAGGUUACUUGGAGAAGAAAAGCAAAGAUCAUAGUUUCUUCGGAUCAGAGUGGCAGAAGCGGUGGUGUGUUGUCAGCAGAGGCCUUUUCUACUACUAUGCUAAUGAGAAAAGCAAGCAGCCCAAAGGGACCUUCCUCAUCAAGGGCUACCAUGUACGGAUGGCUCCCCACCUGCGAAAAGACUCCAAGAAGGAAUCCUGCUUCGAACUGACCUCUCAGGAUAGGCGCAGCUAUGAGUUCACAGCUACUAAUCCAGCUGAAGCCAGAGACUGGGUGGACCAAAUAAGUUUCUUGUUAAAGGAUUUGAGUUCCUUAACCAUUCCAUAUGAAGAGGAGGAGGAGGAGGGAGAGGAAGAGACAUAUGAUGACAUUGAUGGUGUGGACUCCACAAAUUCUGGUUCUCAGUGCAGACCCAUCGUCUUACCUGGGAGUUUGGGGCCAAAAGAACCCACAGGGGAAAACGAAGAAGAUAUUUAUGAAGUCUUACCAGAUGAAGAGCAGGAUCCAGAAGAGGAUGAGAGUGACAGGGCGCAGAGCGGAGUGGACUAUGCCAAUUAUUACCAAGGCCUAUGGGAUUGCCAUGGCGACCAGCCAGAUGAACUGUCCUUCCAGCGUGGUGACCUCAUCCGCAUUCUGAGCAAGGAGUAUGGUGCAUAUGGCUGGUGGGUUGGCGAGCUGAACAGCAUCAUCGGAGUUGUCCCCAAGGAGUACCUCACCACCGCCUUCGAGGCAGAAGAGUGAUGAAGCUCAGGACAUAUAUCCUUCUCUCUUUCCUGCCUUAUUGAAGAAAUUGAUCAGCAAGAGCUCUCAUUCCCCACCACCCCAUGAACACCAUGAAUUCUUUAUUAAAGAGACCCCUAUCUCUAACACCUUGUAACUGUGAACCCCAUAAGUCCAGUGGGAGAAGGCGGCACAACUGUUCCUAAAGCUGCCUUGUCACCCCUUACCCCGUCGCUAACCAGUCCGCACACUCAUUCCACCAUCCCCUAGGCUGUGACAGAGAAGGGGAGAGAGAAGGACACCUGGGGAGGAGGGAGCCGCGGGCGUUGGGCUGGUUUGAAAAGCACAAAUAAAUGUCAGAUUUGACUCCU